CCCCCGCGCUCCCGACGCCGCCGCCGCCGCCGCCGCCGCCGCCUCCCCUCCGCCUCCCCUCCGCCUCCCGGUGGCUCCUCGCUCUCCUUCCAUCUCUCACCCCCUCUCCCUCCGUCCCGUCCUCUUCGCUCCCCUCACCCCGCCUCUCUCCCCUUCCCCCAGCCCCUCCUCUCCUCACCCCACCCGGCCUCCCUCCCUCCCUCCCUCCCUCCGCCCGCCCGGCGCUCGCAGAGCUGACACCAGGGGGGCUCUCGAUGUAGCACCAUGACAGGCAUCGCCGCCGCCUCCUUCUUCUCCAAUACCUGCCGAUUCGGGGGCUGCGGACUCCACUUCCCCACCCUGGCCGACCUCAUCGAGCACAUUGAGGACAACCACAUCGAUACAGAUCCACGUGUUUUAGAAAAGCAAGAAUUACAGCAGCCAACAUAUGUUGCCCUCAGUUACAUUAAUAGAUUCAUGACAGAUGCUGCCCGCCGGGAGCAGGAGUCCCUGAAGAAGAAGAUUCAGCCAAAGCUCUCGCUGACCUUGUCCAGCUCUGUGUCUCGAGGGAGUGUGUCCACUCCGCCACGCCACAGCAGUGGAAGCCUUACUCCCCCUGUGACCCCACCCAUCACCCCCUCCUCUUCAUUCCGCAGCAGCACUCCAACAGGCAGCGAGUAUGACGAGGAGGAGGUGGAUUAUGAGGAGUCAGACAGUGAUGAGUCCUGGACAACCGAGAGUGCCAUCAGCUCCGAAGCCAUCCUCAGCUCUAUGUGCAUGAAUGGAGGAGAAGAGAAGCCUUUUGCCUGCCCGGUUCCCGGAUGUAAAAAGAGAUACAAGAACGUGAAUGGCAUAAAAUACCAUGCGAAGAACGGCCACCGAACACAGAUUCGAGUCCGCAAGCCAUUCAAAUGCCGGUGUGGGAAGAGUUACAAGACAGCUCAGGGCCUGCGGCACCACACAAUCAAUUUCCACCCCCCGGUGUCGGCUGAGAUGAUCAGGAAGAUGCAGCAAUAAUACGCUGGUCAUAACUGUGCCAAGAAAUCCUCACCAGCAGUUGCUGAUUUUGAAAACAGCCACCUUUUUUCAGGGGAAGCAUUCAGCAACCCUUUCAAGAAUUAAAUGCAUGCUUUAAAGUUUUCUGUAAUUUUGGAAUGAUGUAUCUUUGUAGAGUUAAUGAUUUUGUACAUUUGCACAUGUAAUCAUCAUACCCAUUUUCAUUACUUUGAUAUAAGGUGCUAAACAAAAAAGCGCUAGGUUCUUCAGCACAUUUCCCCCAAAACAAACUAAACCGGAGGGCAUGUUGCAUAUUGUUUAAUUGUAUUGCAGUGGCAUCAGCGGGGGAGGAGGGCUGGCAUGGAGGUGUUUUCCAGGUUGUAAUGUGAUUGAAAUUUUUCAACACAUCAACUCACAUAUGUUCAAAACCAAAAUACCUUCGUCAUCAAACUGGUUACCAUGCCUUACAUAAUGGAGUAUUUGUGAGUAGAAAGAGUUUAGGUAAUGGAGAUAUAAAGGAGAAUGUUUAACAUAAUAUGCUAAAAUAUUUUCAUAUUUAAAUAACAUGCAUAAAAGGUGUGCUUUUUGUGUUUUAUAUUACCUUGCAAAUCCUUUUGCCCUUUAAAAAGCUGAAAACCUUGCCAUCUGACUUACCAAUCACUUUAGUGUUACAAAUGGCAUUGCUGUAUUAAAAUAUUCUAUUCAGUUCACUUGUUAAUUUAACACACGCCCAUUGAGUGCCUGUGGGGUGCAAGGGAUUCAAUUUAUACCUACUGUUAUUUGUGGACCAAGAUACCAGUUUAGUAAAAAUACUUUUCCCUGAAAUCUAUUAGGAAACACUUUGAAAUACAAAGUGCAAAUUCUGCAUGUGAAGUUUAGCAGUAGCUUCGUCCUCACGUGAGGUUCUAAAGCACUUUGCAGUUCUCUAUUGCCAACAAUUUAAUGCUUAUGUGUUGCCAAUCCUUGCAACCACACUGUCCUAACGUACCUGUAGGUUGCAAAUCCUGUGGGUUAAAAAUUCUAAGCACGUUUUAAAGACAUUUUUGUGAAGACCCACUGCCUCCUCUUCAUGCUCACUGUUUUUUGAAACUUCUUUUAAAAGCACUUUUCUCACCACACUGUACAUAUCUGCAUAUCAUUGGAAAUGUCUGUUUAGCUUUAUAAAAACAUUUUGCUGAAAUAUGAAAAUGAGCCUUAUUGACAUUUAAGUGCUUCUUGCAGCAGGUGGUCAAAGAAAAGUGACUAAGAUGACCUGAUGAAAGCGACCUGCAUCUGGACCAUUCCUGGCGUUCUGCUCACCGACAGUACCAUCAUGCCUUGCGUGUUGUUUUCUCCCAAGUGCUAUUCCUUAAACACGAGUUUACCAGUUGCCUAAUUAUGCAAUAAAAUCGCUCCGAGACAGCUAACUGCCCAUAGUACAAACUGGUGAAAAGCAAACUCGAAUUUCCUAUGAAAUAACUUGCUUCCUGUGUUCCCAUUUGAUGAAAAGUCUUACACAUGGCUGGGAAGCAGGGAGUCCCUCCUCAUUUUUUCAGACAUUUUGAAAUGGUGACAGUUAAACAGAUGGGUAAGCUUCUUUAUUCUUAAGUUGUGGAUUCCUCACAGUGAGGAGGGAUUUUUUAGGUACUUAUAAAGACACUGCCUGCUAACUUUCCUCAGAUCUGUGAAGAGUGGUCUUGGUCCUGAAUUUAUGUUUAAAAGGGUGAUCCAGACUUAAGCCUAAGUCUAGUUGGUGCAUAAGGAGGCCCUACUUGGCUAUCUCAUAUUUACCUUCAGUUGACCAAAAAAGUUUUAGGCCAGCAAUUAUUAUUUAGCUUUGCUCCUUCUAGUGCAAGAAACUGCAGGCUGGAUCAGUAGUUGAACAGCUAAACAGUCAUAAAAUAGUCAUUGUGCAUGUUAAAUUUCUUUCAAUGAUAAUAAAACAAAUUCCAAUUUCUAUUUACUUACUUAUUCAUUGUAACAGUAUUACUAAACAGGUAUGGAUGGGAAUAUUUUGUUAUACCGUGUAUAGUGAAUGUAUCGUACCGUGUCUGUGAAAAUUGUGCUUUAAAUUAUAUUUUCAUAUGUUUUGUUGGGGACAGAGCACAUUAAGUUUGGAAGAAACAGAUUUUAGAACUGAAGGCAAGUUAAUCAAAAUCCUGUCAAGAAAAGCUGCUUAAAUAAGUGUAAAUGAAAUCACAUUUAAAAUAAACUGCCUCUGACCC